UACCAGUCAGUAAAACUCAUGGGAAAAAAACAAUGUGUAAAUUAUGCGGCGUAGGGUUAUCUCGUCGAUUGGAAUGCGGUAUAUGGGCCGUUUUUGCCAUAAUAUUGUUUAUCGCACUUAUAGUAUAUUUGUCCAGCCGUCACACCCUGUACGAUCGAAUUGAAUUGGGUGCAAUAAGUUUUGGACUUUUAGGCGCAUGUCUUCUUUUGUUAGGCGUAAUCAUGCUAAAUUAUGUUCUAGUGUGGAUCUGGAUUGGGAUAAUUCUUUCUGUGAUUGUGACAGUCGUUAUUGUUGAAUCUAUGAAGCUAAGCAGAAAUUGGAAUUUCUACAGUGAUGAAUGGAAAGCGUACAUCAUUUUAGUCUUAAUAGCCGUAACAGGCUGCUUGUUGUAUACUAUUUACCAGACUCAUUUGUAUGCAUUGAAACUGGGGAGAAGGGAAGAGCGACCGCAUGGAUGUCAAUUAGUUUUCAGGGGUUUCCGACUGCACACCCACAACGUGUGUUAAUAUAUUUUUGAAAUCUGUCUGUGUAUUUUUCGGUACGUAUUUAAAAGUAAUACAAUUUCGUCUGUUGAUUGAUAAAACAAACAAUCCCUUACAUUGGAUAUGAAU